AUGCAUAUCCUGGAGAUAGGCGCUGAACAAGAUGAGGAGGUCUCCGGACGGGUUCACGAAGCUGCUUUUAGAACCGUCCCCAAGGAUUAUACAACCUUCUUAAUCUGGAGGAUAACUGAAUCCGGUACUGAAUUACUGCCGAGGUCGCACUAUGGUACAUUCUAUGAUACCGACGCUUACCUGGUGUAUUCGUGCUCACUGCCGGGUCAGCCGGCGGAACCGGAUAUAAUUCGUCGCGAAAUAAAAGAGAAUGGAACAGAGUAUGCUGAGCGUCACGUCCACGCGUGGGCGAGUGAGACACAGGCGGGGACAUUGGUGCUGCGACGAGCGAGUCAACUGCUGGCUCACCUCGCGGCACCUCUUGUACUGCACAGGGAAACUGCCACGAAGGAAUCACCAAGGAUGCUCUCUUAUUUCCGAGAUGGCAUCAGAAUUCUUCGUAGUGGUUGCCUGAACGGAGGUCCUCGUUUAUACCGAGUUCAAGGUCAUCGACCUGUGAUGCUUCAGCUAGAGCCGGUCACGUGGGCCCAGCUCGCCUCUGAUGGUGUUUUUGUGCUGGACACCACCAAUUUGAUAGUUCUAUGGCUUGGCCGUGCUGCCAAUUUAAUUGAGAAAAUCUUUGGAGCCAAAAUUGCAUACCGUAUGGCUCGUGGAGUAGAAAAGGGAAUGAUGGCACGUCGCAUCGCUAUCGCUCAUGAUGGCUACGAGCAAACACUACCAGUCGCGGACCGAGAGUUGUUGAACAACAUCUUGGAACUACGGUCAAGAACCAUCCGUCCGUCACCAGUAGUCUCCGAAGCCCCUCGACCCGCGCGUCUGUUUAAAGUGACGCAGCCGCCACGAGUAUCACCUGUCACCGUGCCUUCUCAAAGAGCUGCAGCACGCCUUGAGGAAAUCAAAAGAGCACCGCUUUACCGAGAGGACUUAAAGGACGACGGUGUGUAUAUAGUCGAAGCUGGAUCGCGAGGAGUGUGGGCGUGGGUGGGUGCUCAGGCUGGCGCUGCAGCAGGUCGAGGGGCGCUGGCCGCGGCGCGAGGACUGGCUCGUGCUAAACGACUGACUGGACCUGUCGCCACCAUGCUAUCAGGUCGAGAGCCUUUGGAAUUUGCUGCGCUCUUCCACCGCUGGAGUUGGGCGGAUUCACGCCGCGACAUACGCGUGAGAGCGGCACGGUCUGCCACAACCAAAUUGGAUGCUGUCAGUCUAGCUUCAAAUUCAUGGCUGGCUGCUGAGGCACAACUUCCAGACGAUGGAUCGGGGUCGCUGAGAAUGUGGCGUAUUCGAUGUGAAGGUGAAGGACCGAUGCAAGAGUUGGAGCGUCCGCAGCAUGCAGCCUUUUAUGAUCAAGACUGCUACAUCAUACUUUAUACAUACCAUGCCCCUAUUGGAGACCAGACGAUCCUUUACUAUUGGAUGGGUGGCUCUUCGCCAAAUGAUCUGCGGAAUUUGGGCGCAAAAGAAGCCAAAGACCUCUAUACAAAACUAGGUCGUCUUCCCAUACAAGCGUGGGUCUACCAAGGCAAAGAACCUGCACAUUUCUUGCAAAUUUUCAAAGGACGUAUGAUAACAUACAAAGGAACUGCUACCGAUUAUGAUCCUAGUGGUCGUAGAGUUGUGCCUCCGCCGCGAACACUCAUCCGUGUAUCUGGUCAAUAUGCACGCGAGGCUCGAGGAGUGGAAGUAUCAGAUGAAAUUGUUUCUGGAGGAGCAGGGUCAAAGGGAAUCGCUAACAGGGGAUCGUGUUACGUGAUGCGGGAGGGAACACGAGUGUGGGUGUGGUGCGCCGCCACUGCCACUGGUGACGAACGAGAAGUCGCUAAGAACAUGGCCGCGGCAGACCAUACGUUAAUUAUGCAAGGAAAAGAAAAAGCCGACUUCUGGAAUGCCCUGGGCGAUAGACGUCAUUUGCUCGUGGUAUCUCCACUGCAAGAAGUUGAAAGGCCGCUGCCUCCGCGCUUAUUUUAUGUUUCGAUUGGUGCAAAUGGACAUUAUUCUUUCGAGGAGAUCAUCUCAGUGUCUCAAUAUGAGCUAGCUCCGGAGAUGGCGGGUGUGUUAGAUGCUCACGCCGCCCUAUUCGUGUGGCUCGGAGCCCACUGCGCUCACCGCGCUAGGGAAGACGCUCGACAACUUGCACUGUCAUAUCUAGCGCAGGACCCAGCAGCGAGAGAUGCCGAGACUCCGAUCAUAGUUGUCCAUCAAGGUCGUGAACCUCCACAUUUCACUGGAUUCUUUCCUCACUGGAAGAACUCUAUGUGGAAGGGUCACAAAACCUUUAGCGCGAUAGUAAGCGCGUUGGAAGGUAAGGCGAUCGUACGGGGAGGGAACAGUAAACUUCAGAGCGGUAAUAGUGAGAACCGAUUCGAUCAGCACGAGAAAUAUCCGCUGUCGGUACUUCGAGGACCAAAAGAACAUCUCCCGCAAGACGUGGACCCACUCACUAAAGAGCUAUAUCUCACGCACGAUGAUUUCGUAUCUACCUUCAACAUGACGUACAAUGACUUCCGAUCGUUGACCGCUUGGAAACAGAGGGAACUGAAAAAGUCUGUGGGAUUAUUUUAA